AUGUCCGCCCAAGAAGAAUUCAAUCAACUCGUCAACAACAACAAGGAGAAGUUCUCCUCUCACCCAGAGGACCACGAUCACGACGAAGACGAACCCCACUUCUCAGACGAUAACGAUCAUUCCGACUCCCCUCCUCGCUCUCGUACCCUACGCCAGCGCCACACAGUCGACUCCUCCGACGAGGAAAACGAUAACGACGAUAUGGUCUCGUCUACAACAAACUACCACGUCCCCAAGACGACCUUUGAGGCUAAUACGGGCCCCAAGGGCGUCAUUGCUGAUGCCCAGGCAUUCGAGCGUGCACGCAAGAAGUCCUUCCGUCGCACACUUCUUAGUGCGGCGGGUUUCGACCCCAAUGGCCCCGCCUUUGGAGCCGCUAAGCCUGAGCAACCACCACCUGCUUCGGAUGGUUCAUCGGGCAGUGAGGAUGACGAAGAGCAGCGCUUUAUGCGUAAGUGGCGUGCGUCGCGGAUGCAAGAAUUGCAAAGUCGUAAUGCACGCCGCCCCUCUCCCCGUGGACGACACUAUGGCAAUGUCGACAAUGUCGAUGCCGUCGGCUACCUCGAUGCCAUUGAGAAGGUUACUUCUGAUGCUGUCGUUGUUGUCUGCAUUUAUGAUCCUACUUCUGAUGAGAGUGCUAUUGUGGAAGAAUGCUUGAAUACCAUCGCCCGCCGCCAGACCUCAACUCGCUUUGUUAAGCUGCACCACGAAAUCGCAGAGAUGGAUCACAUCCAAGCCCCCGCUCUGCUGGCUUACCGUGGUGGCGAAGUCUUCGCGACAAUCAUGGAUAUCCUACGCAAUAUCCCACGAGGUCGCCCAUGCAGCGCGAACAGCCUGGAGGAUUUGCUGAAACUGCACCGCGUGCUCUAA